AUUUUAUAAUAUUGCAUUUGAAAAUAUGUUCCAAAAAGUUACUGUACAAAAGAACACGUGAAGUUUUCGUUGGCAAGAUUUAUAAUACGAUCGUAAAGGAAGGUUAUUUUUAAGUAAAAAUUUUACGAUAUCAAUUACAGUGAUAGAAGAGGGGGAUUAAAUCUUUUUACCAAUAGUUCCGAAUUUGUUAACUUUUCUUACAGUCUAUAAUUGAAAACGUAUUGUGUAUCAUGCGAACGAAGGUAUCACGUGUUCUUGUGGGUCGGGACGCUAUCUAAUACAUUUGGAUAUCAUACAGUGGAACAGUCACGCAGGAUUUCUUGUUAUCAAAAUAACUUCCAAAUUUUAUUUUCAGAGAAUAUUUGGACGAGGUACGAUCAAAGUUCAGGUAAAAACUGGUGUUGCUCGAUAAUCGACAUUGCUACCCCGCUCUACGAAGCAGCUCUGUCACCCAGUAGCGUAAGAAUGCAAGCACGUGGAUUUAGGAGCGUUCUGAUUCGUAGUUUCAUCGAAAUCACGUGAAGGCCACGAGGCUGAGUCGGCGCAUGCGCAGUAAGGGAACACCGGCUCGUCAGAGACGUGCCGUCGGAUGACACUAUGACACUCACGCCGCGCCGGUGCUUUCAGAUUUUAGACUCGGAGGCAGUCGGAAAGUGUAGGUUAGAUCGCGCGAUUCGCGACCGUCGCUAUUGCUGUUAAAGGAACCUAAUCAUCCUCUUAAGUCAACUUAAGUGUCCCAACUAUUAAUCUCACGGAAGUAAAUCCGUAAGUGUCACCCCAUACACAUAACAAGAGAAUUAUGCGAAAUUCGUGACAUUCGAGAAGUUGGCACGAACGAUGCACUGCAUCGUUUUCGCCACGUGAAAAUCUUUCUGUCGUUCAUACGCUAGUAAUUAGUAUAUACUCAUCCAUUUGCAUCUCGUGUAAAUUUCGACACUUUGCGACUCGCUUCUUCUGUUUGCGCUCGAAGAAACUAAAUACCUAGCGAGACAAAAAAAUCUACCGGCGUAUUACGAUGUGCUCAUUUCACAUGUUUUGAAGAGAUCUAUAUAUUGCGUUAUACGUACGUCUCGAAGAUCUUUUUUGUCAUUAACGAUCUCAAAAAAUAGAUAACGUGACAGUACUUGGAAAGAGUAUAUAGAAAAUUGUGAAGUUCAAAAGAAGAACUGAGGCGUGAAGAAUUAAGAGGACAAUCUGGUUCUUUGGUUUCAUUCCAAUCUUAAGUAGUACUAUUCUCCAGUCCAAAAAAUACAUCUAAAUGUGUUCCAUAGCGAUGCCUGCUGAGCUACUUCUGGGGCAUAGUCCUCCAGUGUACAGCUCGCUUCUGUACAGUCCCUUGGUAGCACCGACGAUUGCCAGCAGAUCGGUACCACCUAGAAUAAGGCCAUGCUUGUCAUCUGGUUCCUUGGCCAUAGAUAGCAUUCGCAACAGCAACGAUGGCGGUAGUAAUAAGCAGAAGAAGAGGGUAGUGUUUGCCGAUGAUCGUGGCCGUCCUCUUACUCAGGUUCGAGUGAUGUCAGAGCCCAGCAACGUACCUCCUCUGUGGAGUACCACUUACCUGGCUGGACUAACUGGACGAUUUUUAAAUUCGAAAAUUGAGAAUGAUCAAUUUACAGAACUCGUGUCACCUUGGCAAGUAACUUUCCCCCAGCCAGCUAGCGAUUACCUCGCCUUUCGCCAGAAACUUGAUCAGGAGAAUGUCAGCCUGGAAAACGUGAUAGUGAAAGAAACAGAUCAGUGUCUAGUGGGCACCAUCAAGGUACGUAAUCUGGCGUAUGACAAGGAAGUCGUGGUCAGGGCGAGCAAUGACUCCUGGAAGACGCACGAGGACGUUCAUUGCACCUACGUCGAACAACCUGGUUCGCCCGCGCUGAUCUUAUACGACACUUUCCGCUUUCGAUUAACUCUACCGUUAAAAUCGAAUAUGAUAGAGUUCUGUGUACGAUAUCGUACCGAUGGAAAGGAAUACUGGGACAACAACGAUGGAAAGAACUUUAUCGUUCGCAAAAAAUUGGAGCCACGAGCACCUGCCAAACGGUACGAUAUCCUGACGACAACCUGCGACGGCUUCUCGAGCAACGGCAUGCGAGACAGCAUAUCUCGAAUCACAGACGCGACUAGGGUGAACGUGCGUACGUGGAGCGAGUUCGCGUCCUGGCAGCAUCUCGCGAACGACGCUCCAUACUGGUGAAUUUUCGUCACUGGUCACAAACGAUGUACGAAAGUCGUACGAAUUCUUCCAGUCUGCUUGGUUUAAUGAUCACGAGACGCAGAUCAUGCGAGACGAGGGGGAAAACCGCAUGUAACACACGCGACAUACACAAAACGGUCGUACGAAUUACGUGUCUAUCUAUAUGAGAGCGCGUAGUGUACACGAGCACCAGGAACAAGAGAACGGAGAAGAGAACAAUGGUAAAAGGAGGGAAGCGAUGGACUACAAUUGAGAUCAAAUUGUGGAAGGACAUGCUUGCAUAGAAGGCAGAGAAUCGGAGGUCGAUAGCGCGGAACAGGCGAGAAAGGAGGCACUAGUCGCAUUACAUAUAUGAUUGCAACGUGCAGAACAGACAAUACAUAGAAACACACAGAAUAACCGUGCGAGAGAGACAAUUCAUAGGCUAAGGGUUUACCGAACGUAUUCGAAGAUCAGGAAUCAAGAUAUGAUGGAUGUUCGUUCCAAAGUUUCCCCAAGCUCUGUACCAAUUUGGAGAUCGUCAAUACGUCUUCUUCACGAUCGUCAUCUUCCUUCUCCUCCUCUUCCUCUUUCCUGGAACUUGGCUACCAUCAGCCGAGGAUGUCCGUCAAGAUAAGUUUCCACCUUCGAGUUGACCAAAUCUCGCUGGUCUCGUCCGUUCCUCUUUCUCUCUUAAUAACCACUCCCUUUUCGCGUAUCCUUUCUUAUUUUCUCUCUAACUUUUUUCUGUAUAAUACUCUCGUUUCUUUGAACUCACGUCAAAUGUCCGUACGAAUUUACAAGAUUCUUUUAACGAGGUUUUUCUCUUUAGUUGGGGUGAAUCGAGGGGCUUUAAAUAAGUAACGCAAGAUAUAACGAAGAGUGUAGCUUAGAAAAUGAUGAUAAAUUCUAAAAAAUUAAAAAGACGAAACUAGAUGCGCGCUUAGCGGUUUUGAAUGGAAUGGCAGUCGCAAUCGUGCGCGCUAUCUUGAAUAGUCGAUAUGCAACAGUUUUCUUGUACUAUUUGUCAUGAAACUUCUAUUCGAAAUUAACGUUAUUAUUUUUCUGUGGAAAAGUUUCGAUAUCGCGUGAUACGUUCCAGUCCUAACCGCUUAAAGUGGGAAAUUAACUAUGAAGGAAUCGUAAUUUGCUCGAGCGCAACUUCAAAGUUGACCAGUUCUGGAACGUUGUCAUAGCAUACGUAAGAGCGUAAUUUCGAGAAAGAGAAAAAGAUCAGUUGCUUCUUUUCCGAUCGGGGAAUAAUAUUUCUUCUUUAUUGUCUGACCGGUGCUAGCUACUGUCUCUUUAUCUCUACUCUCUUUUUUAUUCGAACAAUUCAUGAUAAUAACUAUAAAGAGACCAAAGUUACGCAACCUUGUUCGUAUUAAUCCUGUAUUGCUUGUUAUCGUUCGAUAAAUUGGUAUCAGUUACCACGCGUAUAGAAUACUCUCGUAACGUGUCGCGCCUUCUGCACGACAAAUUACCCAACGAUUAGCACGUCGAUACUCAUAUAUAUACUCUUUGCUUAUAAAAUAUCUUUAAUCCCAUAUACAUAUACGUUUUCGUGUAAUUGUGUAUAUGUCUUUAUAUAUCUAUAGAUUCUUUUUUAUCUUCUUGCACUCUUGUUGGGACGCUGUUGAUAUUCAAUUUAAAAAAAAAAAAAAACGAACAUUUAAAGAAUAAUAUCGCAAGCAAAUUUUAUGUUUCAAGACGAAAUUGAAUCAAAAAAUUCUGAUCUCGACAGUUUUGUGAUGUAUGCGCCAUUAUGAAAGCAUAAAUGCAUCCUUACAAUUGGAAUCGAAGCUGUUACUCGCGUAUACGUGCAUAUAUAAAGUACAGUAACAGGAAAAAAGGAAAGAAUUCGUCUGAAGGUAAUAUACGACUAAAGAUAUAUUAUUCCGUUCGUGUAGGUCUAUGGCAUGGUUUGAUAUCGAGAAAAACAUGUAUGUUGGAAGAAUCGCGUCCCGCAUCGAUGUUUCUUCACCUGACUCUCAGAACGAAUUCUUUUCGUGCACGUGUAACCUUACACUCGGCUACGAAAUUCGAUCCAUAUUCUUUCUUACUUUCUUCUCUAUUAUUUUUCAUGAAGUACAAAUCAAUAGACUAUAUUAUUAUUAUUACCGAUACUAUCAUUGCUAUUUCUACUAGUAAGCACGUAUAUCGUUAUUACGAUCGCAUGACAAGAAAUAUAUAUAUACAUAUAUAUAUAUACACAUCUAAUGCAUGCCAACGUAACACAUAUGCACUACGUACGACUGGUUCGUGCGUAGGAAAGAAAAACAAAACAUAAUUUGUAAUCUUUUUGACUUUUAUGCCCCAAGCAUAACACCCAGAGAAACAAGUAUUCAGGAAACGAGAUUUUCUUUGCAGGGACGUCGUGUGGCAUGAUGAUGACAGUACAUCUUCUUCAGUUCGUGCGAAGAAACGGACUGCAGGAUUGGACGAUCGUGAAAUCACAAGCAGCGAGGCCGUCGAGUUUGUAGAAUAACAUUGGGUGCAAUUAGAAAUACUUCUGACAAACUGGCAACCACUGGCUUUAAUCCAGCUUGCACGUGAUGAUCAUCUUUUAGUCGAUUUCUUCCUGGCUAUCGACAUCGACCUUCCCCUUCCGCAGGACUGGACGGCCUCUUCGUUCUCGAUAUCGCCUUCCAUGUAGAGCACGAUAGUGUCGGAGUGUUUUGUUAGACAUUAUAUAUCAGAUCUUGACAAUGAUUAUUGUUCUUCAAACACAUAUUCUUCUGUUGUUUAUUCUUUUCUCUUAACAUCGUUGUAAUAUCCUCUUCACCUCUUCAUGUAUCUGGGUCGCGUGACUCUUUGAGGUUUUAUCGUUUGAUUUCGUAUUAGGUCCUUAAUAUACACUUACAAGUUGUACCUUGUAUUUUUUGAUACAUAUAUAUAUAGAGAGAGAAAGUUUUUUUUAUACUUGUUAACUCUUCCUAGAGUUUUAAAUGAUUGGUUGUGAAUGUAUAGUGUGAAACGAUCCCUAAAGAGUCGGUGACUUCUUUGUGAACAUUUUUCUCCCUUUUUUCUUUUUUUUCUUUUUAUUAGUAACAUAGUUAAUGAUCGAUCUAUAGGAGGACAACUAGAGACGAUAACUGGAGACGUAUCUUCUGUAUAUGUGAUAUAAAAAAGAAAGUCAUGGAUAGGAUGCCAUUGUAAAAAUGUAUGUUUGCAGAUCUACUUGUGCCCAAAGUGUUCACUGACGAAUCAAUUCCUUUUUGUACUUAACUGAUCGGUCACAAAUUCAUCUUGUCUGAUAUGAUACUCACUUUAUUGACACGUUCUUCUUUUUUUUUUUUUAUUUUAUUUUCUGUAAGCAGAAAUUACGGCAAAUAGGCUGCCAGCAAGUAGAAUCCAGUAGAAAGGCAAGAACACCUCUUUUCUAUUUUGUAAUAAGAAGCAACUCUUCAUAGCUCUCGACAAUCUGUGUUUUAUACACAUAAACAAAAUUCACUACUUUUAUUUAAACAUUAAUCUAGUAUUUUGUUAAUUCCAGUGAGGCAAAGGGAAAAUUAAGCACAGACUACUUAUACAUUAUUGUUCCUCGUUGUACCUGUAACCCCUCAAGAAUUAGCCCCCUCCCUUAACUCUUCUUUUUGUACUAUAUCUUGUACUUGAUUCAUUCCAGAUAUUGUACACACAAACGAUUGCCAAUUAAUAAAAAUUAAGUCACGGAAGAAUAUAUCGAACGACUGAAUAUAGGAAAAUCGAAGAAGGUGAAGUUUUUUUCACAUAUACGUAUAAUAUAUAAAUAAUUAUAUGUUAAGUUUUAUGCAGCUAUAUUAAAUGGGAUUAAACCAAGCAAAAUACAUUUACCGAUACUCUACAGAGUGCAGUUAGGAUUUUUCCCGUUUUCUGUAUAUAUAUAUUUAUUGAACGAUCGCUAUACUAUAUAUGUAUGAAUAGCAACACAGAGAUAAAGCUCAGUGAAUUCGACGAACCGUGAUGUUGCGCCGUGUUUAAUUCGCGUUUAGUCCGAUAGAGCUCGGAAGAAUGUCGCGAGGAUAUCUCUGUCGCAAUCAAAUUGUAUAGGUGUUUGCGUUUGCGUAUUGCGUUCACAUUUUAUGAAAAUCGCGAUUUCUUUCAUGGGAGCACUCUCAUAGCUUGAGGUAAUUUAAGCUUGUAUAAUUUUCUUUCAUAAACUGUCGGUACAAACGAAUUCUGUUUCAGCGUUCGUGUACCUGAUCUUCGAGUAUUCCUGUGAAAGAACUUGAAGAAGUCCUUCGUCUACGUAAAUAAGCUUUUAUUGCUUAAAUUCUUACCAUAGUUAAAACUCCAAGUUGAGUUUUUAACUAUACUAAAAAGUUAAUAUCACGAAAAAGUAUCCAUGGACAAAUGGAAAGCUCAUGUUUCAACACGCUAAUGCAUUCGACCCACUAGAUACGUCAAUUGCCAGAGUUAUCCUAGCAACAUUACAUUAUAGUAUAAUUAAUUUAUAUUAAAUAUCGCGCAUAUGGUUGUCCGUUAUUGAUGAAAAGUGUAUAGAACUGGUUAAAGUUCGUUCUAUCUACCGCACCGCCUCGAUAUUAGUUAUAUAUACGUACAUUAUAAGGGAAAUGAUUAAGAAAUGCAUGCAUGUGAAACACAUACGCUGUAAUAUAUAGAAAAAAUGUACAAUUUCCUCUUGAGAGCCGUAAGACUGAUAACUUAACACGGAUACACAGAGACUGUACAUAUAAUAAUUGUUGCAAGACACAAGUUUGAGUUUCGAUACAAUUUGCCUUGCAAAUGUGCGAUGCGCUUCUUGCAAUCUAUAUAUAUAUAUAUAUAUAUACAUACAUCCUAUGUAUACAAGCUUUUUGUUUUUCAUGGACAACGCGCAAACCGGUUGGACGGUAAUUUUUUCGAAACUCUCCUCUUUGUCGCGGUAGAUGUAGCGUUGAGUUCGCUUGUGAAAAUUGAUUCAAGCUUUUAUAUAUAUUACUCUUUUGCGUAGGAAACAUAUGAACAUGAUAUAGUGUGCAGCGUAUCAUUAUAUAUGUAAUUAUUCUCAAACGCUGUAUCACAUUAUAUUCUUGUUUCGUUUCGUUUAGGUAGGAUAUAUGUUCCUCUUUUAGUUUAUUUUAUUAAUUUUUAGCAUUCGUAACUCGAGAUGAGAUUUUUAUCGCGUAUCAUUAUUGUUAUGGUUAUCGAUUAUUUGUCAAUAUUACUUUUAUUAUGCUUGAUGCCGUGACUGCGCAAAUUGACUAUAUGAAAAAAUGGACAUACUAGAUUUUUUAUUGUAUAGCGUAAGAUGCUUUAUAUAAACAUAUAUAUCAGAUACUGAAUUGUAAAUAUGCUAUCGUGUUAUUAUGUAUAUGAAUACACGAUAUUUAGAAAUAAAAUAUUUUUAAGCCGGCAUCGCUGCGUACCGUGAAAUUUAUUAUUUGUAUAUUUCAGCUGAAAGAGAAAUGUAAUAGUAAUUAUAUCCUCGAAAUGGAAGGUACUAUAAGCUAAAUAGAUAGCCGUGAAAAAUUGUUAUUUAAUGAUUUGUAUUGGAUUAAAAUAUACUGUAAAAUUUA